ACCAAACCACCCAACACCAUGGGUUUGCUGUCUCAUCUCAAGAGCCUCGUAUUUCUAUACCACCGCGCUGCCAGCACCUUCCUCCUGCGAAUUGUCACCACGUUGACACUCGCACCUGGCGUCCUCAAGAGAGUUGCACCAUGGCUACCUGCUUCACUUGAGACUAUGCCCCAACUCAGUGCCAUCUAUCCCAUCCAUCUACUCCUUGCCGUCGUUCUACCGAUCGUCGCGGCUACCAUCUACCUUGCACUCCGCCGUAGAACUGUAUACCUUGUUGACUAUGCUUGCUUCCGGCCGAGCUCCAACUUAAGAAUCCCAAAGGCAGCCUUCCUGGAGCAUGCACAUGUCUCGCCUUUGUUUGAUAAUUCUACUGUCAACUUCAUAGCUACUGUUCUUGAGCGCUCGGGCAUGAGCGAUGAGACACAUGUCCCGCAUGCACAUCACUAUAUAGAGCCACAUUGUGGGCUUGACGAAGGACGUGCCGAAGCAGAGUUGGUGGUCUUCUCUGUGAUGGAUGACCUUUUCGCCAAGACGUGCAUCAACCACGGCACAAUUGGUGCUCUUAUCACCAACUGUAGUACAUUUAGUCCGGUACCAUCUAUGGCUGACAUGAUUGUAAACAGGUACAAGUUACGAGGUGAUCUCCGUGUCAUUAACCUCUCUGGGAUGGCGUGUUCUGCAUCAGUGACCGCAGUGGGGCUCGCAAGCAACAUGUUGCAAGUGAUGCCUUGGGGGUCACAUGUGUUGGUGGUGUCGACGGAGACCAUUGGGCCAUUCUACUAUGCGGGGAAUAAGCGUUCUAUGCAGUUGGUUAACGUCUUGUUCCGCAUAGGCGGUGCUGCCAAAUUGUUAUCGACUUCUAAGUCAAAGGCCCGGUUUCGUCUUGGACAUUUCACGCGGACGAUCACUGCGGCAAACAACGCUGCUUACCGAUGUGUUUAUCAAGAGGAAGAUGACAAGGGCAACCUAGGGAUUGCUCUCUCUAAAGACCUUAUGGAUGUCGCUGGGAACGCACUCAAGGAAAAUAUCAUGACAACCGGGCCUCUUGUCCUACCCGCAUCAGAGCUUCUCAAGUUUUUGUUCUUCUAUGUGGCGAAAAAGGUGCUCCGUUGGUGGAAGAUUAGACCAUACAUCCCCAACUUUUGUGUUGCAUUUGAGCAUUUCUGCAUCCAUGUUGGCGGACCGGCGGUUAUCACCUCGGUACAACGUGGUCUUAAUCUAUCAGACAAGCAUGUUGAGCCAUCGAAGAUGACGCUGCAUCGAUUUGGAAACCAAUCGACAUCAUCGGUGUGGUAUGAGUUAUCAUACAUCGAGGCCAAAGGCCGGAUGAAGAAAGGCAAUAGGGUGUGGAUGAUCGGAUUCGGUGCAGGGUACGAGUGCAACACCGUUGGUUGGGUGUGUAUACAACCAUCUUCACGUAUGGAUGGACCCUGGGCUAGCUGCAUCCAUCGUUACCCAGUGGAUGUCUCCAAGAGUGGCUAACUCCAGAGAAAUUAUUAUUUUGCACGGCAAAUCCAAAGGAUAAUUACAUCUACUGCUAGAUAAUCCAAUAAUAGGGACAACACUAUUGGGUGUCCAAUACAUCUUGUGAAUUUUCCAA